UUUAUAGGCCCUCUUAUUGUGAGGUCGGAUUUUAUACAAUUAUUUAUUUUUUUAUUCAGCUGCUCCUUACAAUCCUUUACCUCCAGCUCAACGUAAAAAAUUAUUUGAAAAAAUUAAACUUUUAAAUACUAAAAAAUUAAAUCCGAAAGCUACUCCUUAUGAACCGCUUAGCCCUCAUGGACGUCAAAAAGUUUUUGAUUCUAUUUUGAAACACCAGCAAAAUUCAAUUAAUGAGCACCCAACAAUUUACGAGAAUUAUUCACAACAACAGCAAGAAUAUUACAAUAACUUGUCUCCACUUUCUGAAAAUGUUUUUAAUUCAUCGCUUUAACGAAGCAGCAGCAUCAUCAAGUCACCAAACUAAUAAAUUAAAAAGUAAAAUUAAAUAG